AUGGCCCCCCUAUCCACGAACAGGAUGCAGUCUGUCCUUCGCACUGCCAGUGGGAUAUUGACCCGCCCCAUAUCCAUCGAAGCUGCAGGUGGAAUGGUUGGUUUAUUCCUAGCCGAGUUGGUCAGACGAAGUUCUCAUAGAAUUGUUCAAGCAAUAGAUGAUGCAUUAAGGAUAACAGCCAUAAUCAAUGACACAGACCCUUCAUUCGACUGGCCCUUACAUUUCAUUCGUACAACUCUCGGUUCCUCUUCCCUUUCCCCUCAAUCAAACACUUUGUCAGCAGAUGUACCGAUAUACAAAGAAGUGUUAGAAAUACUCAAUCGUAGAGGUCGUAUACCCCCAAAUCGAUUCAAGAUACUUACUCAGAAGCCAACGAGUUCACCAGAUGACAUGCAAGACGAUGAGGAAGAUGAUCUUCCUUCUGAUCCUAGAAAGGCAAAUGAUCAAGUACCCGUCUAUCGAUAUCCCAUUGAUGCACUUGAUGUAGUCAUCAAUUUUGAAGGUUACGAUUAUAGGUUUAGGAUGGUCAAUCUUCAUGGGGAUGGAAGUCCAGGAAAAGGAUUGGAAAUUUCGGUAAUCCCCAUCAACCGCUCAAGAGAUAUAUUCCUCCCUCUAAUCUAUCACUCUCGAACCCUAAUCUCUCACAUACGCAAUCACCUCUCAAAGACCUGCAAACCACUUAGAUCAUGGGAAUCCAUCUUCUUACCUCCCUCGAUCAAAGAUAAGAUCCUGAGGGAUACGAGAGAUUUUUUGGAUGGGAAAGCAUUUUAUAGGAAGAGGGGAUUACCUUGGAGGAGGGGUUGGUUACUUUAUGGAUUACAUGGGACAGGUAAGACCAGUUUGAUAACCGCCUUGGCGUCUCAUUUCAGCUUGCAAAUCUACGUGAUCAACCUAGGUGCGAGAGGUAUCGAUGACGACGAGUUACUGAAAUUAGUCAUGAGCAUCCCACCAAAGUCAAUUCUCCUGUUCGAAGACAUUGAUUGCGCGUUUCAGGCCACGAAAAAUACCGAACUCUUCCAGGAUCGAGAUACGAUAUUAAAAGGCGAUGAACAUUCUAUUGCUGAUCCUUCACAUUCGUCUCCUCUCCAUGAUUCUUCACUAUCGCUCGACGAUAACAUUGGUGUGACUCACAAGGCGAAAGCAGGAUAUCAAGCGAUCAAAGAAGAUCAUCCAACACCCUUUCCGAGCUGCGAUACACCUCAAAUGGUGAUACCUUCGGAGCUUACGCUCGAACAAGAGAACUCCAUAAUUCCCAAGUGUGAUCAAUCGGUCCCAAGAGAAGCGGAGGUUGAAUCCCCUAAACGACCUAACGAGGACAUGGCCACUCCCCCGAAGAAGGUUGAUAAUCCUCAUGAAUCAUCGAACAAUGGUCCAUCCAUUCCAUUUCCAUCAAGGUUCAUCAAUCCGUUGGAUUUCCCCGCCUCACCCUCUAGAAUCACACUCUCCGACGGUCUGGCUGCUAGCGAAGGCAGGGUGUUGUUCUGUACGACCAACUGGAAAGAUAGGAUUGAUCCUGCUUUAUAUCGACCAGGACUAUGUGAUGUCUGGCUGGAAUUCACCUACGUGACUCCAAAGCAAGCUCACGACCUAUUCAAAUUCUUCUAUCAACCUGAUUCGGCGGAAGCUUUACCUUCCCCUAAUGGAGUCACCCCGGGUUCCGCAAUGGACGAUAUCGAUGGAUUACUCGAGACAGCCCCCAAGAAAGGCGUCCUUACCGAUAACAACACAGAGAAGGUUGAGCAGGAAAUUCUCGAGGAUAUAGAUAAAUUAGCUCAAGAAUUUCCAUUAUUAUUCCCCAAAGAUCGAUUGACCAUUUCAUCCCUCCAGAGUUAUCUAAUGCAUUUUAAGAAUCAACCUGAGAAGGCUAUUGAAUAUUUUCCAACUUGGGUAGAAGAUGGUUGUAAAUAUACUUUUAUGGAAGAGGGUUGA